UACCACAAAAUUAAUGAAAUCCCAACCUUUAUUACAAAGAAUUCUACAUACAUGUUUUCCAUUAUAUAUUUUCUGAAGCUGUUUAUUUUAUGAAUAUGUAGGAUUGGCAACUCCUGGGAAAUCCACAAAUCUCCGGAUCCACUCACCAACCCUUAACUGUAAAAUAUACAAAAUAUUUUCUCUAUAUAAUUUGAGAAAUUUGGUUCUUUUUAUUUUUAAAGCAUGUUAUUGUAAAAUAAAGUUUAGUAUUAUCUUGACAAUAAUUGUAUUUUUACAUAAAAAUUUUUUAAAAUUUCCAGCCAAAAAUAAUAAUUCUUUCAAAAAGGCUUGGUGUGGAAAAUGCCUUCUUUAACUACAAAUUUAUUAUUAUUUAUUUUAAUAUUUAUUUCAAUACAAAAUUUAAUAAUUAAUGGACAACUAAAUAGACCUGAACCUAAAGUCCCUCCUGUCGAUCCACAUCAUUAUCAACCAAGUUUAAGUGCUUGUUAUGAUGAAUUUAAAAGACCACAAAGAUGUGUUCCUGAUUUUAUAAAUGUUGCUUUUAAUUUGGAAGUUGAGGCAACAAAUACUUGUGGUGUCCGUGCCCCAACACGUUUUUGUGUCCAAACUGGCCAUAUGGGUAGCAACAAAGUUUGUGAUGUUUGUGAUGUCCGAGUUCCACAAUUAGCACAUUCACCAAUUUAUUUAACCGAUUUUAACAAUCCCGAAAACGCAACAUUUUGGCAAUCAGAAACAAUGGCUGAGGGAAUGCAAUAUCCCCAAACAGUUAAUUUAACUCUUCGUUUAUUUAAACGUUUUGAUAUAACUUAUGUUCAUCUAAAAUUUGUUUCUCCACGUCCUGAAAGUUUUGUUAUUUACAAAAAAGUUAAAAAUACUGAUGAUUGGAUACCUUGGCAAUAUUAUAGCGGUUCUUGUCGUUCAACAUUUAAAUUACCCGAGAAAGCACCGAUACUUCCUGGUAACGAAGCUAUGGCUCAAUGCACGAGAGAAUUUUCUGAUAUUUCCCCACUUACUGGGGGAAAUAUUGCUUUUUCUACUUUGGAGGGAAGGCCUUCUUCUGAAAUUUUUGAAGAAAGUGAAGUGCUACAAGAUUGGGUAACUGCAGAAGAAAUAAGAAUUUGUUUAGUUCGAAUGAAUACUUUUGGGGAUGAAAUAUUCGGAGAUAAUCGAGUAUUACGCUCAUAUUAUUAUGGAAUUAGUGAUUUUGCUGUUGGUGGGCGGUGUAAAUGUAAUGGACAUGCAAAUAAAUGUACUAAAUCAACGGGAGAGGGAGUAGCUCAACAAUUGGUUUGUGAUUGUCAACACAACACUACAGGCAUUGAUUGUGGAGAAUGUGCUCCUUUCUAUCUUGAUCGCCCAUGGCGUCCAGCAACAGCAAUGGAGGCAAAUGAAUGUUUACCUUGUAAUUGUAGUGGACUAUCGAAAAGAUGUUUUUUUGAUGCAAAACUUUUUGAAGAAACUGGGCAUGGAGGGCAUUGCAUUGAUUGUGCUGGAAAUACACAAGGCCCUCAUUGUGAACAAUGCCUUCCAAACCAUUGGAGACAUGAAAAUGAACUUUAUUGUCGUCCUUGUCAUUGUAGUGAAACUGGUUCUAUUGGGGGACAGUGUGACGAAAAAGGGCAAUGUCAUUGCAAACCUGGAGUGACUGGACAAUUUUGUGAUAGAUGUGAAUCUGGGUUUUAUGGGUUUAGUUCAGCUGGGUGUAAAGACUGUAAAUGUGAUGUUUCUGGAUCUCUUAAUAACACACCGAGUUGUUCACCGAAUGAUGGAGUUUGCACGUGUAAAGAGAAUGUAGAAGGCCGUACCUGUUCUCAAUGUAAACCUGGCCAUUUCCAAUUAUCAGCCAAAAACCCAUUUGGGUGUACCCCCUGUUUUUGUUUUGGACAUUCUUCCAUUUGUUCUCCAGCCGAUGGAUUUUAUUCUGUCAAUAUUUCUUCUCAUUUCAAUGAGGAUGUGGAAAAAUGGACGGGGGCUUCUUCUGCUCGCCCUGAAGAUGUUCAAUGGGCACAAUUAGAUAAAGCUGCAGCUGUUAGCCAAUUGGAUGAUUUUCCCGUUUAUUUUUACACUCCGGAAAAGUUUUUGGGAGAUCAAAGGCAAAUAUACAAUCAAUUUAUUGAAUUUACAUUACGUGUACAACAGGCAAAUCCAGGUCCAAGUAAAAAAGAUAUUGUAAUUGUCGGUGCCAACGGUCAAGAAUUAGUUUUACCAAUAUUUGCCCAAGGAAAUCCUUUACCCAGUGCAACACAAGAACAACAUUAUCGUUUUCGUAUUCAUUCCAAUCCCUCACUUCAAUGGAGUCCAACUUUGAGAGAAACUGAUUUUAUUGCCGCUCUCUAUAAUAUUAGCGCUAUUAAAUUACGAGGAACAUUUUCUAAGGGAGAUGUUGGUUUUCUCUCCAAUUUUUCUAUCGGAACAGCAAGUCUAACACCAGCAGAAUAUGGGGAGACUGAAUCUGCCGAUUGGGUAGAACAAUGUAAAUGUUCUGAUGCUUUUGUUGGACAGUUUUGUGAAUCUUGUUCACAUGGAUAUAAGAGAGUUAACAAAUUUGGUGGUCCUUUAGAUAAAUGUAUUCCUUGUGAAUGCCACAAUCAUUCUUCUAGUUGUGAUGCAGAAUCAGGUGUUUGCAUUUGUCAACAUAACACAGCAGGAGAUACUUGUGAAAGUUGUGCUCGUGGAUAUUAUGGAGAUGCUUUGGCUGGAACGCCUGAUGAUUGCAAACAAUGUGACUGUCCAGAAGGAGGUCCUUGCACUAUUGUGUCUGAUGGAACUUAUUGUACUGAUUGCCCUGAGGGAUAUACUGGAAGGAAAUGUGAAAUUUGUGCAGAAGAAUAUUUUGGCAAUCCUUUUAAUGGAAUUGCUUGUCAAAAAUGUAAUUGUAAUAACAAUACUGAUUUAAAUGCUAUCGGCAAAUGUGAUACUGUUACUGGAGAAUGCAAACGUUGUAUUUAUCACACAAUUGGUUGGAAUUGUGAACGUUGCGAACCUGGAUUUUGGGGAAAUGCUUUAGCAGAGAUUAAAGGAGAUUGUAAACAAUGUAAUUGUUAUGUGCCUGGAACAUUACGACCAACCCACGAUCAUUCACUUUUGGAAUGUAGACAAUCUGAUGGGCAAUGUGAUUGUCAACCAAAUGUAAUUGGUCAACGGUGUGAUCAAUGUGAACCGGGAUUCUAUAAUAUAUCUUCUGGGAGUGGUUGCCAUUCUUGUGGAUGUGAUCCAUUGGGAAGUUUGGAUGCUGGUGUUUGUGAUUUAAUUACUGGACAGUGUCUCUGCAAAACUGGUGUUACAGGCAGAAAAUGUGAUCAAUGUGCCCCUCGACAUUUUGGUUUUAAUUUGGAUGGCUGCAAACAAUGCGAUUGUGACCCUAUUGGUGCCGAAUCGCUGGACUGUGACACACAUACAGGACAAUGUCUUUGUAGACAAGAUGUUGAAGGGAGACGUUGUGAUAAAUGCUCGGAAAAUCGUUACAAUCUUCGCCAAAGAUGUCCAGCUUGCGAUGAUUGUUAUGCUUUAAUUCAAUCUCGAAAGAAUUCAAUAAACGAAAGCAUGGCGGGUCUUCGUGAAAGUUUAGAUGAAAUUCAAAAUAAUCCAAUUACUGUAAAUGAUGCUGAAUUUGAUGAUCGGGUAAGAAGUGUGAAAGAAGAUGUAGACUCUCUUGUAACGAAGGCUGGACAGAAAUUUUCUGGAAAUGAUGAAGCAACCCAAAUCCACGUUAUUAACAUCAGAGAACAAUUCUCUGAAUCUGGCAAUUUAUUAGAAAAUGUCCGGGAUAAUUUACGUUCAAUAGACACAAAUUCAGCAAUUAUUGAAGCACAACUUGAACGUUUUAGCAAUGAAAAAGAAGCAACAUCAAAAGAAUUAAAUGUUGGGAUUAAUUAUGUGCAAACACAGGGAGAACAACAUUUGGCUAGUGCACAGGAAGCAGCUGACCGUUAUGGCGAAAAAAGUCAACAACUUUCUGACUUUGCUGAAGAAGCUAAACGCCUUGCCGAUCAACAAGAACAACGAAAAAGAGAAAUUUUCAGAAUGUCAGAAAAAGUAAGGAAUGGAACUAGGCAAGCACUUAAUGAUGCAAAUGAAGCUAUUUUUGGGGCAUCAAGUAGUGUUCAAAGAAUUGCUGCUUUUCAGACAGAAGUUAAUGAAUUGGAAAAACGUUUAAAUAGCACAAAACAUUUGGCUUUGGAACAAAGUGCUGAAACUAAUAAAACACAUGAUGAUGCUGCUAGGGUUUUGAGUAGUGUGGAAAGUGUUCGCCUCCCAAAUAUUUUACCCGACUCUUUUCGUACCCAAUCUGAUACUGUUCAUUCUAAUGGGGAAGAAGCUCUUAAAAAAGUCGAAUUGGGAUCAACAACACAUGCACAAUUAUACGAGGAAAGUGGACAGUUAUUAAUUGAUUCUAAAAACCAAUUAGAAAAAGUUAAAGAAAAACAAAAUAUUAUUGAUAAACAAUUUGAAGAAAUUGAUAAUUUCCAUAAACGGACACACGAAGCUUUUAAUUUGGCAACAAAAAUAUGGAAUGAUGCUAAAGAAUCUUAUGAUGCUCUUUCUGAUUUUCACGGAAAAAUCGAGCAAUCCCGUUCUGACGCUCUAAAUGAAUUGUCUGGUGUUCAAGAAAUUCAAGACGAAUUAACUUCUGUUGAAGAACAAGCUAAGGAGGCGGAAUUAGCUUUAAUAGACAUUAGAAGGAAUUCUGAGGAAGCAAGAAAUUUUGCCGAGGAAGCGAAAUUAAAAGCAGAAAAUUUAGAAAAAGAAUCGACAAAAUUAGGAGAAAAUGCUGAAGAAACAAAUAAAAAAUCUGAAGAAAUUAAAAAUUUAUUAGAUACUUUACAAUUAGAUAUUGAUAGAACAUCUACUACAACUAAAGAUUUUGAAAAUGAGGCAAAUUCUGAUAUGGAUCGUUCUAAUGAAGUUGCAAAGAAAGCAAAUUUGGCUGAAAGCAUGGCAAGAACUUUACAGGAUAAUUUGACAGAAUCUGAAAAAAUAUUAUUAUCUGCAUUAAAUCAACUUAAUUCACUAGAAAAUGUUAAUGAAUCCCAACUUACUGAAUUAGAAACAAUUUUGGAAGACACAGAACGGCAAUAUAUUGCAAAUGAAAAGGAACAAAAAAUGCGUGAAAGAAUGAAAAGAGUUGAACUUGAUGCUUUAGCUGAUAAAAGACAAAUAGAUUAUUUAACUAAAGAAUUGGAAAAUUUGAGAGGAAUUAGAGAUUCGCUUCCUACUCGUUGCUACAAUUUAAUUAAUUUAGAACAAGAAGGUCAACGAUAA